AAGAUCUUCCAUUUGCUGAUUCACUCCCCAAGUGGCUGCAAUAGCCCGGCUUCAGCAGGGGCCCAAGCACUUGGGCCAUCUUCCACUGCUUUCCCAGGCCACCCACAUGGGAUGCUGGCUUUCCCAGAUGCAUUAGCAGGGAGCUGGAUCAGAAGUGGAGAAGCUGGGACUCAACUAGGACUCUAGUGUGGGAUCCAGUGCCACAGGUGGCAGCCUAACCUGCUGUGCUACAGGGUCAGCCUCUCCAUUAUACUUUCAACUUCUAGAAAUCACCUUUUUUAAAAGACUCCGCAUGAGUCAGAUGCUUGUCUUUCUGUGCUCGGCUUAUUUCACUUAACAGAGUGACUUCCAGUUCCAUCCAUGUUGUUGCAAAGACUAAGAUUUCAUCCUUUUUUAUGGCUGAAUAGUGCUCCAUGGUGCAUAUAUGCACUGCGUUUUCUUUAUUAUUAGGUUGGCUAUUACCAAAAGGGCAAAAGAGGAGUGUCGGUGAGGAUAUGGAGAAGACAGAACCCUUGCAAACGGUUGGUGGGAAUGCAAAUUUAAGACAGCCAUUCUGGAAAACAGUACGGAGGUUCUGCAAAAGACUAGAACUAGAACUACAUAUAGCAGUCUCACUCCAGGGUGUACAUGCAGGGGGAAUGACAGCCUGUCAAAGAGAGCUGUACUCCCAUGCCGAUGACCGCACAGUUCAUCCUCACCUAGAACGGGAAGCAACCUGAGUGUCCGUCCGCUGAUGCACGGAUGCAGGUGUGUUUUAUAAUGUAACUCGUUGGCUCCUGAUGGGGGGCUCCUGAGUUGGUUUCUAGGUUUGGCUGUUCGUGAACAUGGUUAAACACUGUGCUUGCGGGGCCGUGUAGAGAGAAGAGUGAGCGACUUCCCAGGGACUAGCCACAUUUGCAUUUCUUGUUUCUUACUAGAGAACCAAGGCUACUCUUCUCCAUUCUUUAUUGCUAAAUAGGAAAUGCAAACAGAGAAGUCCGUGAGAUACGUGGACCAUCUAGGAAGUCCACAAGCAGCUCCUCGUGUAGGGGGCACUGGUUUGAAAGGCUAAUUUCCUAGUAAUUCUCAAAAAAUAGGAAAACCUUUGCUUUUUCUUUAUAAACUGCAAUUGUUGUCCAUUUACAUAGUUCUUAGGCCUGCCCUCUGGACAUUUGGAUUCUGCCCCUAAGUCUCUCACUGUUGGCUUAGCAGCGGCUGCCUGCUGCUCGCAAGCUUUCGGCACAGGGCUAACGUUGCCGGAACUCCGAGGCGCCGCCCAGGGCGAGUCCAGCUUGGAGGAAAGGCCUGGAGAUAGCUCUUGCCUUUGGGAUGCACAUUUUUUGCCUACUCUAAGAUUUAUUUUUGAAAGGCGGAAAGACACAGAGAUUAGAGCUCUUCUAUCUCUUUGGGGUUCACUCCCCAAAUGCCUGCAACUGCCAGGGCUGAGCCAGGCCAAAGUCAGGAGUGAGGCACUCCAUCCAGGUGUUCCAUGUGGGCGGCAGUGACCCAAGUACUUGGGUCAUCAUCUACAGCUUCCCAGGGUGUGCAUUAGCACCCUGGAUCAGAAGCAGAGGUGGAGCUUCCCUUAGGCACUCCAAGAUGGGACGUGGGUGUCCCAAAUGGCAGCUUCAUCCCUCUGUGCCAUAAUGGACGUCCUGUUCGCACCUUUCCAGACACUUUAUUAAACAACUUUGGUAACUGCAGAAGACUUCCUUACGACAGUACUGGACCCAGAGAACAGUGGUGUCUGGGAUCUCUUUCCUAGUACUUUGGAGUUAGCUCUGCUGAAAGACUGGGAUGGGGAUGGCAGGACAAGAUGGUAAAUUUCGGUACAUCUCUGGAAUUAGAGGAUGGUACAGCCUUCUCCCAACCUAAGGGAAGAAGAACUAACUUUUUUUUAAAGUGCCCACCAUGCCCAGACACUUAGUAUGUGAUUUUGCUUGAGUUUCACAGGAAUCUUAAGAGGAUAGGUGGUAGUACCAUAAAUUCAUACAUAGGAAAUAGGUGAACUUGUCCAGGAACCCAGCUCGGAAGUGGUAUUCUGUCUCCACAGUCUACAUAACCAACUGUGUUCUCCCUCCACUGUCACGGCCCCUGUACACCCUGGGAAGACCACUUUAUUUGCUCUGAGAUGAAGACAUCCAUGGCCAGGGCCUCACUGCAGCACUGCCAGUAGGUCCACUGCAGGGGAAACCAGAAAACGCGGAAAGGGAGCUAUUGUUUUCUGUCUUCCCCACGGAGCCCCACCAAGCUGCUGAGGCAUUGAGUUCCCAGGCAAGGAAGCCCGAGGGUGCCCGUGAGCCUUGAAACCUGUGUGUUUUCCCUACCGAUUACGAUCAUGUUUUUCUUGCCUUUGAUUCUUUCAAUAUCACAGGAGCCAAGUAUUUUUUAUAAAAAUACAAUCUAGUCCCAAAAGUUUGCUGUUUGUGUCCUGCCAAAUAGUCUGUUUCCUCUUCAAUUUGUAAGGUAAACCUCAGCCCAUUUCUGCCUGGAUCCUGGGACUGUGCCCAGCCUCCAGCCAUUCCCACAGGCUGUGACGAGGGUCAUCGCUUUAACAAAAGCCGCAGCACCUCAAACAAGAGUGGCCUCGCCCCACCCACCACCUUCUUUGGGGGCUUGUUAAAGUGUGCCCGAAGUCACAACCACGGGUGGCUUUUCCAGGUAUGAUGAUGUCAAACGUGAUGCUGAUGCUACAGCUACAGCUACAGACUCAGCCCCUGCCGGCGCAGGCUCUCUGAUCCCCCCCCCCCCUCCGCCCUCCCCCGCCGCGUCCAGCGCCCGGCUCUCUCAGACAAGUGCAUCUCCUAACCAGGUCACAUUUCAGCCGCGACCCACUCCCCGCCCGUCGCCGGAGUCGGACCGCGGGAGGAGAGGAGGGCGGCAGUGUCUGCCUCGCCGGCGGCCGGGUGGAAGGAAGGCCGUUGAAAUACCGCACGAGUCGAGGCCCCCCCGGGCCAACCCAGACCGCGAUGCGCGCCCCGGGCUGCGGGCGGCUAGCGCUGCCGCUGCUGCUGCUCGCAGCGGCCGCCCUGGCCGAAGGCGACGCCAAAGGGCUCAAGGAAGGCGAGACCCCCGGCAAUUUCAUGGAGGACGAGCAAUGGCUGUCGUCCAUCUCGCAGUACAGCGGCAAGAUCAAGCACUGGAACCGCUUCCGAGACGUGAGUGCGCAGGGCGGCACGGGCAGAGGGCCGGGGCCGCGGGUUUGGAGACGGAGCUUCGGCGCGGGGACCCACGCGCGUCGCAGCCAGAGGCCCCAGCAGCCCGGCCGCCGACUACACCGAGAGUCCCCAAUCCGGCACCCCUUCCCCGCGUGCCCUCGGCCGACGGUCUGGGGACCCCCCCCCCAACUCUGGUCCCACAUCCGCCCCGGGCAAGGAGACGCUCCGGGGGCGCGCGCUCGCCACCGGGUCCCUCGUGGGCCGGGUGCCAAGAAGGGGCGCGGGGUGCGGGGGGAGGACGCGGGCCCCGCUGCGACUGGGCCCCGACCCGCUCCCAGCUUGAGUGGCCCCCGGGCCUGCCCCCAGCGGGUGGAUGCUGCAGGCUUCACAUACGGGGCACUGCGGAAGGGGCAGGGCUGGGUGGGGCCGGUAGAAGGAGCCCGUGUGGCGCGGGCGCCCCGUGUUCCCACCGUGGGCUUUGGGGGAACGGACCGUGCCCGAGCUUUGAGUUGGGGGUCCCUGCAAGCCUCAGAAGGCUGGAUGGUAAAAGGCGAGACCGCCAUGGGGCCCCGUCAGAGCCAGGUCUGGGCCCCCCUGCCCAGGGGCGCGUCCCCGUCACCCAGGCUGGUUUCCAGCUUUUGCGGGGAGCCCAGACCCGGGCCAGAGGAGCGGCUCCCAACCGGAGGAAGAGUCCGUAGCCCGGCGGGCUUGGGCAGCGGGGAGGAUAGCCCAGCAGCGGACGCCCGCCGGAACCCGGGCUUCACCUUGGACCGAACUUUGCGGGGUGGGGGCGGGGAGGCGGCUGCGGGCGCGCCGACGUCGCUGCGGCGCUUUCCCGGCACCUGUGGAUCCGAGGGCGGGCGGAGCUGCGGGCCGGGUCCCAGGGGUGCCGGGGGCGCGAGGAAGGGGGACGAAGGGCGUGGCUGGGCCCCCGAGCACCGUGGCUGGGGGUGGGGAGCCAGUGCACCGCCGGAGACGCCCUGACCUGGACGGGUUCCUCCUCUGCGACCCCCGUUCUUGACACGUCCCCCCAGCGGCCCCCCAGGCGAGCACCUCGAUCCGAACAAGCCGCCCGCAACCUUUCUCCUAAACCGCGUGCAUCCACCAAGUGCCCUAGAGACCUGUUUAAAACACACAAGCUCCCCCUGGUCGCCAGCCAGAUGAGGGGAGCGAGCAGAGACCGAUCUUUUUGCUAGGGGGAGACAAGUCCCUGUGUCGCCCUGAAAUCAAGCUGCCAGGCCGAGGGCCCCGAGUAGGCUGGCGGUCUCUUUCCGUGCGCCAGCCGCGGCUGCUGCAGCCUGGGGGUUUAGCAGGGCCUUCCCGAGGCACCUGCAGGCCCAGUCCGGUGGUAGCUGCAGUGUCCUACCGCUGCCUGGGCGGCAGCCCGCCCUCUGCAGCGAGGGGGCGGCAGCCGGCUGCCAUGUGUCACUGGUCCAGGCCUCCCUCCAGCUCACUGGCUGGCUGAGCCUCCCAGAUAGGUCAGAGGAAAAAGAAA